AUGGUUCAGGAAAGAUUUUGGUUUGUUCAAAAUUAUUAUUAUGGUCAUGUGGAUUUGAGAAGACACCCAGACUACACAGGUCGGGUUGAGCACCGCUUUCAUGAGAACGACUGCACUCUGAGGAUCACAGACCUGAGAGAGAGAGACUCAGCUGAGUACAAGUUCAGAUUCAUUACAAAUCAGUCUGAUGGAAGUUAUACUGGCUCACCUGGAGUCACUUUGAGUGUCACAGAUCCUAACCUGAAGGUGAAGCUGAGAAAAUCAUCAGCCCACACAGAGCUGCAGUGUCACAGCAGCUGUGACAUAACUGGUCCCCCCUUGUAUGUUUGGUACAAAAAUGGACAGAAAAUAGAGGAAGAAACAUCUUCUCUGAGAGUCUCUGUUGGAGGUGAUGACAGCAGCUAUUCCUGUGCUGUUAAAGGGCAUGAGGAUUAUCGCUCUGCUGCAGUGUAUGCUCCAAAGCCUCCCUCUGUCUCAGUGCGUCCCUCUGGUGAAAUCAAGAAGGGCACUUCAGUGACUCUGACCUGUAGCAGUGAAGCUAACCCAGCAGCUACCUAUGUCUGGUACAAGAUAAAUGGAGGAACACCUCUCAGUAAAGAACCACAGCUUGUCUUCAGAUCCAUCCAGCCCUCUGACUCUGGACAGUAUUACUGUAUACCUGCUAAUACAAUGGGAAGUAGGACAUCUGAAUAUAUUUCUAUUAAUGUGAAAUAUGCUCCAACAUUUGUGUCAGUGAUGGUGAGCCCUUCUAAUGAAAUCAGAGAGGGCAGUUCAGUGACUCUGACCUGUAGCAGUGAUGCUAACCCAGCAGCUCAGUACUCCUGGUACAAGAAGAAUGGUCAAAAACCUCCCAGUAAUGAAUGGCAGCUCUCCUUCAGCUCCAUCCAGUCCUCUGACUCUGGAGAGUAUUACUGUACAGCUCAGAACAAAGUGGGGAGGAAGAGAUCUGAAUAUACCUCCAUUGAUGUCAAAUAUGAUCCAAAGUCUCUCUCUGUGUCAGUGAGUCCUUCUGGUGAAAUCACAGAGGGCACCUCACUGACUCUGACCUGUAGCAGUGAAGCUAACCCAGCAGCUGCAUAUGUCUGGUACAAGAGGAACAGCCAACCACUCAGCAAAAACCCACAGCUCAUCUUCAGCUCCAUCCAGUCCUCUGACUCUGGACAGUAUUACUGUAUAGCUGUGAACAAACUGGGGUCAAAACGUAAAUCCAUCACUAUUAAUGUGAAAUAUGCUCCAAAGCUUCCCUCUGUGUCAGUGAGUCCCUCUGCUGAGAUAGUGGAGGGCAGUUCAGUGACUCUGACCUGUAGCAGUGAUGCUAACCCAGCAGCUAAUUACACCUGGUACAAGGAGGAUGAAGACUCACCAAAAGCAUCAGGACACAACUUCACCAUCACUGACAUCACACCUGAACACAGUGGGAGUUAUUCCUGUAAGGCCCAGAACAACAGAGGGCAUCAUUACUCCACCUUACAGCUGACUGUAUCAAGAGCAUGGAAACCAACAGUUAUAUCAGGAGUCUCUGCUAUUCUCCUGGCUCUCCUACUCAUCUCUGUCAUCCUGUGGAUCAUAAAAAAGAGAUCCCCCAAGCAACAGCAGCCUGAGCCUGGAGAGAAAUCGGACACAAGUGAACAGCUGCAAUCUGCAGAUGGCGAAGUCGUCUAUACUACAGUCCGCUUUGUCAAACACAAGGCUGAAGCGGUCUACGCCAACAUCAGACCAGCUCAGGCCAAAAAAUACAAGGAAGAAGACGAGAGGGUCGUCUACUCUGCUGUCACUUUCAGGAGUGCCAGUACUGCCCCGAGAAUCCAGACCACAACUCCAGAAGAUGCAGAGGAUCCAGCUGCUCUGUACAGCACAGUCAACAGACUUCCCAGACAUGGAAAACCAUAUCUCUAG